AUUGGCACUGCGCCCCCUUUCUUCCGUUCUUCAACUCCUGCUACUUCCCACUGGAUGUAGUGGAGGAAGAAGAUCUCCCUUCCCCCAUCCCCCUGUCCGGCGGCGCCCUUUGGUCCUUUCGUGGCGGCUGCUCCUUUAGCCCCGCCGCUUGCUUAUCCGUUUCUUUUCCCCGUGGGUUGCUUGCCAGAUCAAGGAUUUCUUUCUUCUGGUCUCAAGCUUGCAUUCAGUACUCAAGUUGCUGGUGGCAUGAUCGUAUCGGUUGCUUUUAUUCUGCAGGAGUUGUCGCAUCGAUAGGAUUAGGAUGCAAGACAUGGAUAUUAUUCCUGGUCCAGGCUUGUUCCCGGCACAUCGGUGCAAAACCAUUCAUGUGGUCAGGCAUGCCCAGGGUGUACAUAAUGUGGAGGGAGAUAAGAACUACAAAGCAUACUUGUCCCCUGAGUACUUUGAUGCGGAGCUUACUCCACUGGGAUGGCAACAAGUCGAUAAUUUGCGUAAACAUGUAGUUGCCUCUGGCCUUCUGGAGAGGGUUGACCUGGUCAUUACAUCCCCAUUAAUGAGGACAUUACAAACAGCUGUUGGAGUUUUUGGUGGUGGCAGCUACACAGAUAGGGUAGAUGGGUUACCUCUUAUGGUAGCAAAUGCUGGAAACAGUGGUCGUGGUGCUAUUUCAAGUUUCAAUUCCCCUCCAAUCAUUGCAGCAGAGCUAUGUCGUGAACAUUUUGGUGUGCAUCCUUGCGAUCAGAGGAGAAGCAUCAGUGACUAUCAGUUUCUCUUUCCUGCAAUUGAUUUUUCAUUGAUUGAAACAGAUGAAGACACAGUAUGGAAAGCUGAUGUGAGAGAGACGACCGAAGAACUUGCAGCCAGAGGACUAAAGUUCUUGAAAUGGUUAUGGACAAGAACUGAGAAGGAGAUAGCAAUAGUUACCCAUAGUGGAUUUUUGUUCCAUACCUUGAAUGCGUUUGGGAGUGACUGUCAUCCAUUGGUUAAAAAGGAAAUAUGCAAGCGCUUUUCAAAUUGUGAAUUGCGUUCGAUGGUCAUCGUUGACAGAGGUAUGAUGGGAUCAGACUCCUCCACAACCAACUAUCCCGGAAAGAUUCCCAGUGGCCCUGAUCUCCCUAGCGAUCCAGGUUCCUGAUAAUGUGCAGAAACAAAUUCUUGGAUGCUGUGAUCAAAAGAUGGGAUUUGCAACUGUUUUGCAAGCAACUAGUUAAUGUAUUCAACUAGGUACCCAACUUGGCGGGACUAGGAGGGGCUGUAUCUGGGAGGGAUGUUUCUUAUUUUUAUAACUGAACCACUUUCUGAAAAGCUGUUUCACAAUCAGGUACAUUAUCUUG